UCAAAUUUCGAUUUUCAUUUCAAAUUUAUCACUCUUUUUUGGUUCCAACCCUAAAAUUUAAACCUUCAAUCGUCAAAUAUAUAAUUUGAGUUCAGAAAAAUCCACCACUUUCAACGUCUACACAACCACUCUUCUACACUUCCCGAUCCCGAUCCUAGUCAUGGCUGCCCCCUACCGCCGCCCAGGCGAGGUCCACGUCAUCGUCGGACCUAUGUUCGCCGGUAAAUCAACCGCUCUCCUCCGUCGCAUCACCGCGGAGUCUGAUUCCGGCAGGACUGUGGCAAUGAUAAAGUCGAGUAAGGAUACUCGAUACGCGGUGGAUGCAGUGGUGACGCAUGAUGGCACCAAGUUCCCUUGUUGGCCGCUGCCGGAUCUCUUGUCGUUCAAGCUCAAAAUUGGAGCCAACGCAUAUCAAAAAGUAGAUGUGAUUGGCAUUGAUGAAGCGCAAUUUUUCGGUGACCUGUACGAAUUCUGCUGUGCGGCAGCUGAUCUUGAUGGGAAAACUGUUGUAGUUGCUGGCCUUGAUGGUGAUUACUUGAGGAGGAGUUUUGGAUCAGUGCUAGAUAUCAUCCCGCUUGCUGAUACUGUCACAAAGCUUACUGCACGGUGCGAGCUCUGUGGCAAACGUGCUUUCUUCACUCUCAGGAAGACGGGUGACCAGCAAACUGAGCUCAUCGGUGGUGCUGAUGUUUACAUGCCCGUCUGUCGCCUGCACUAUGGCAAUGAGCAACGUGGUGCUUCCGUGGAAGCUGCAUCAGGAAGCAAGUUUGGUGAUGCCGCGGUUGAAGAAUUGCAGAAAUGUUGAGAAGUGUUGGCUUGUGCUGUUUAGGAUCUAUCUAUGGCUCUGUUGUUACUUGUUAGUGAUGUAUAGUUUUAGUAGCAUAUGUUUAAACUCGUUCACUUCUUCAUCAUCCAGUUAUUAUGAAAAUGUUGUGAACUCAUUUGUAAUUGAAGAUUCGUACUAUUAUUUCACUUUAAUUAUUUA